AUGCUGAGUAGGAAAGGUUACUGUGCGGGGAUGAUGAGCGCUGCAGUCGGAGUGGACCGCAGCAGGGUCGGAGAGAGGCUGCAGGCUGCUCUGGCCGGACUGCAGGAGCUGCAUCUGCUGAAGGACAGACAGAGCGACAUGGUGAGCUGGGCACUCAGAGUGGACCGAGAGGAGCCGGUGACUUCUGUCCACGAUGGACCGGAGGAUCCCAGGACGAUGGGAGCUGAGGAACAGCGGCUGGAGGCGACUCUUACAGCCCUGAAGCAACAGCUGUCUCGUCUUCGGAAGCAGGAUGUAGGCCUGAAGACACACUUGCAGCAGCUGGACCAACAGAUCAGUGAGCUGAAGCUGGACGUGAGCAAAGCCUCUACAGAGCAGCUGGAGAGUGACAGCAGGCCAAGUUCAGGUUUCUAUGAGCUCAGCGAUGGUGGCUCUUGUUCACUGUCCAACUCCUGCACCUCAGUGUACAGCGAGUGUCUGUCAUCCUCCCAGACGAGCCUUCUCCUCCCUCCCAUGAGUCCUGCUAAUACUCACAUUAGCCCACCUUUACAAGCAGAUGUUUGCCGUCGGCGUUCAGCUGAUGAGAGCACUACCCAACCCAACCCUCCACGUGCCACAGGCUUUCAUCUCGGGAGCAGCAGAAUCCGAGCAAGUACUACUGGCACCGAGAAGGCACGACCAAGACCUGUGUCAACAGGUGAUCUCGAUAGGAUGAUGGCCCAAGGACAGAGCUACUACAAAUCUGUGGAUGCAAAGAAACCCUCCAUGUGCCACAACCCAAAGAUCUCCACAGUGGACCCCAAGUUCCAGAGCAACCUGGUGUCCCGCAGUGGGACUGAAGUGUAUCAAUACCCGAGCCCCCUGCAUGCUGUGGCUCUCCAGAGCCCAAUCUUUUCUCAUGGGCCCGAACCAAACACACCUGGACUUCUCGAGGGGCACGUGAAUGGUUCUGACACCCCCCAAAAGGCACAAAUGGGUUACAUUGACAAGCUCCUCCAGCGCAGCUUGAGCAAAAUGAGUGAAAUGGGCACAGAGACUCUGCAGUCACACAGCGACUAUCUCAGGAAGCCCACUGAGGUUGUAACUGUGUUUCCUGAGGUGUCUCAGAAAGAGGUGUCCCAGCUGCAGCCUCUUCCAGCCCAGACCACAAGCAUCAUACCACUAGAUAACAACCAGAAGAGGCACUGCAUGACAUAUUUCAGUCAAGACACAGCUGAUAACGAAAACCACAAACAAUCAGUGAGAGCUCUGGAGAUUUCAUACCGGUGCUCCUAUCCUACUGCCACGAGAGAGUACAGCUCUGAUGAGGUCACCACUUCAUCCUUGAGGAGAAAUGACAAAACACAGGGAGAAUAUGGUAGCAUAGCGAGAAGCCAUUCAGAGAAGAGAUGUGGCGAUAAUCCAGAAACAAGGCCAUUAGAGAGGAAGGGCCACAGGCAGAGACCAGCCAUGGCUCACAGCUCCAGCACAGAGGAGAGUCAAGGCUUUGAGAAUCACACAGCUUCCCCUGAGUUCGUCCAUGCAAAAUUUGUCCCCGCUGGUUCUCAGAGGGUCAAAGUGAGACAGGCAGACCGUAAAACCAAAGCUGUAAAACUCAAGAGAAAAAACGGUGAGAAGCCUCGAGCAAUGAGGCAGCAACAUGGCUACUCCUCCGGUGAAAGGACCAGAGAGAGCAGUGGAUCCAAGGGAGAACCGAGAAGAUCAGGAAAAGGAAAGGUGAUCCAGAAAUGUCAACCAGAGGAACGCAGACAGGGCUCAGGCUCAGACUCAAGCCAUUGUGGCCCAGUACUGAUGCACACCCAUAAGGUUUAUCCUAAGCCGAACCCCAUCCCUGCUGUUACCAAAUCCAGCAAGAGCCGCAGACUGCAGAGUGUGGAGUAUGAGCAGCCUGUAGAGCAGAGGAGGAGGAGACAAGGGGCUUCCAAGUGGCCAUCUGAUGUGGAGAUGUUCCAGGCCUCGUGUGCUCAACGUCAGAGGUCAAAAGAGCCACAUGCUCAGGCACCAGGGAGCAUGCAGAUGGUUCGCAGUAUGAGUGCCAGGCCAGGGCAGUGGGUAGGAUCUCCUCGCCCCUUCCAAUCCUCCAUGUCCUCAAACUCAUUCCUCCACAAUCUCAAUGCCAGAUAUCCUCCAGCUCCCUUCCAUAUGUCAGUCCACUACCCACCCAGAUGUGAGUCUGAGUACUCAGCUGAAUGCGCCUCACUCUUUCACUCCACCAUUGCUGAAAGCAGCGAGGGGGAGAUGAGCGAUAACACCACCAAUCGCUUCGGAGAUAGCGAGUCCAGCCAAAGUUUCCAGUCCCUUUCAGACUCCGACAGCAGCCUGUCCCUGGAUGAGGGUGACCAGGUGGACAGUCACGAGGAGGAGGGAGGUCUGGUGUGGGCUGAGGCUGCACUUGGGCCCACUGCAGCCGGUCAGCCCCUCCAGCAGCUCCCACGACCAGAGCCCUCCGCCUGCCGCAUCAAAGCCUCUCGAGCCCUGAAGAAGAAGAUUCGGCGGUUUCAGCCUGCCUCCCUGAAGGUCAUGACCCUGGUGUAG